AUGAACGGCUUACGAAAGCAAGCGCGAGCGCGAUUUCUGUCGGAGCAAAAGUUCAAGCAAGGUGCCGAACUACACGAUGCUAGAAUUUCGCUAUUAACCGUGGCGCAAUAUACCGAAGCAGAGACAACCGUCAAACUAACCAAUGUUCAUUGGUCCCAGACUUCUGAGAUAUGUGACCAGGUCAAUACACCUAUCCCCAAGAACGUCGACGCGACAGCAACAGCAUCUAUGCGGCUGAUAAGCUUGGAGCGCGAUUUCGAAGGAGUCUUUGCCAUCGACCGGCGAACCUUUCUGGAGAUCUUUGACAACUUCGGGUACGAUCCGUACUGGCUUGGCAUGAUACUGUCUUCGACAUACGGGUUCUUUCCUCGACUGAAGGAAGGUGGCACGCAGUAUGCUUGCUACCUACAUACCAUAUUCAACCUACUCACGCGUGACGAUGCUAAAAGUAGCAAGGAGAUCGCACUAGCAGCACGAAAGGACAGUUACUCGAUGAAGACUAUCGCGAUCAUGACCAUGAUCUUUCUGCCUCCUACCUUCUUCGCUACUCUUUUCGCUAUGCCUUUACUCAAGUGGGACGGGCCAAAGGUCAUACAGCCAAGCUUUGGCAUCUACUGGGCUGCCUCUCUACCAACUACCGCGGCAGUACUUCUGAUCUGGCAUUGGAUGUCAUCAGAGGAGACCAUCUUCGUUAAGGGAUGGGCGUGGAUUAAACCCGGAAGGCUCGAGAGCGACCAGGAUGUUGACGUAGAUAAGGCUCACAACGACUUGGAAGCGUUUCGCUGGAAUGGACUGAGGUACAAGUCGAAGCAAUAG